AAAAAAGAAUAUAUACCAAACAAAUCCUUUUCAAGAUGUUAGAAUACUCAACCAAUCCAUCACCAAUAGUAUACCCUACAAUGACAAAGAAUCAUCAUCACAGUUCUCCUCCAAUAACGUACAGAUUAAAAGUUCUUCAUAUCCGUCAUACACAUCUUUCAAAAUUAGAAGCACAAUACCCAGAUUGUGAUGAACUCACAUCAAAUAUAUCAUACCCUAUAUUCAACAAACCAACAAAAUCAAGACCUUUUUCAGUCUUUAGCUCUUCAGGUGUAAUGAGCAAUAACAAUUCAAUUUUAAACAAUCAUUCACUUAUUUCAGAUACAAAUAGUACAAUCACAGGUUCUUCAACUUUGGCAAGUUCUUCAAUGAAUCAUCCUGCAGAUAGUUUAACUUCUUCUAAGAAUAAAAUUCAAUUAAAAUACAGAGGUUUAAUGACAACUAAUGAAGAAAUAUUACCAAGUGCUUAAAGCGUUGAAGUUUGAUAAUUAGUUUAAUGAUUUAUGGCGUGCUUUUUUUUGAUGAAGAAGUAAUACUGAUUGAUCAGUAAACCGAGCUGAUCGAUUAAAAACAGACCUUAUCGAAGAAUCUAAUUCAGUACCUUGACUUCUUUAUACCCUUGAUGUUUGGAUGUUUAUACUGUCGGUAAGGGCACUCUCAAAUGACUAUUAAUAUGGUACCGAAACUAGAUAAUUAUAUGUGAAAUACCUUAGAUUAUGCUAUUGUCAUCUAAUUAACUGCUUAAAGUAAUUUAAUUCCGUACCUCUAUUAAUUAAUUGAUUAAAUUUGUGUGAUAUAAAAAAUUUCAAAAUUUGAAAUUAUCAGCAUAGUACUCUAAAAU